GAGGCAACAUCAGGCUGAGCUACUCCUGGAACAUCUUGGAGGAUGAUUAUUUCCGCACAUGGAGCCCGGGUAAACCGUUUGAUCAAGCUUUGGAUCCAGCAAAAGAUCCAUGCUUAAAGAUGAAAUGUAGCCGACAUAAGGUAUGCGUUGCUCAAGAUCAGCAGAGUGCUGUUUGCAUUAGUCACCGGAGACUUACACACAGUAUGAAAGAGGCUGGUUUAGGCCAUAAACAAUGGAGGGGUGGUCCCAUUUCAUCAAACUGCAAGCAGUGUCCAGUAGUUUAUACCAAUCCUGUUUGUGGAUCAGAUGGUCACACAUAUUCUUCUCAGUGCAAACUAGAAUAUCAAGCAUGUGUCUCAGGAAAACAGAUCUCAGUGAAGUGUGAUGGACGUUGUCCUUGCCCUUCAGAUAAAUUAACAAGUACAGGAAGAAAUGAUAAGAGGGUGUGCAGUGAUCUGGAAUUUAGAGAAGUUGCAAAUAGAUUGCGAGACUGGUUUAAAGCACUUCAUGAAAGCGGAAUCCAGAACAAGAAAACGAGAAUUGUACAAAGGCCUGAAAGAAGCAGAUUUGAUACCAGCAUUUUGCCAAUUUGCAAGGACUCCCUUGGCUGGAUGUUUAACAGGCUUGAUAUGAACUAUGACCUGCUGUUGGACCAGUCAGAGCUUGGAAGCAUUUACCUUGACAAGAAUGAACAGUGCACCAAGGCAUUCUUCAAUUCUUGUGACACAUACAAGGACAGUUUGAUAUCUAACAAUGAGUGGUGCUACUGCUUCCAGAGACAGCAAGACCCACCUUGCCAGACAGAACUCAGCAACAUUCAGAAGCAGCAAGGGGGAAAGAAGCUCCUUGAUAACUAUUACAUCCCAUUAUGUGAUGAAGAUGGGUACUACAAACCAAGUCAGUGCCACGGAAGUACAGGGCAGUGCUGGUGUGUUGACAGAUAUGGUAAUGAGGUAACAGGAUCCAGAACAACUGGUGCUGCUGAAUGUGCUAUUGAUUUAGAGACCUCAGGUGAUUUUGCCAGUGGUGAUUUCCAUGAAUGGACAGAUGAUGAGGAUGAUGAAGAUGAUGUGAUGAAUGAUGAAGAUGAAAUUGAAGAUGAUGAUGAGGACGAAGGGGAUGAUGAUGUGGAUGAUGAUGAUCAUGAUGGAUACAUUUGAUGAUUUUAGAGGUCAACAAAUUGUACCUUUCUAAAAAUCACAUGGUGACAUCUCAUAGAAAAUUCCUUUGCUCUGCAAGAUCAAAAGGAUUUAAAAAUAUGUAUAUUUUGUAUGAUUAUUUCAAAUAUUACAGCUGGAGUCAUAGACUUUGUUUAAAUAAGAAUCAUUAUAUUAUGUGCUUUUGAGGUUUUUUAUGCCAUUGAGCAGAAGAAAACACAUUGGAAGUCUAGACUGAAGAAAUAAUUGUGAUGUGCUACUAGAAAAUAAACAUGCAGAACAUCAUAAGGACAACCAAACUUUUAAAAACUUCCAUAAGGAAUAUUUACCAUUGUUUGGGACUUUGUGCUCUAAUAUAUGUUAAAGUUUCAUUAACUUUAGCAGUUACUGGGGCCAUGUGGUCUUUCAAAUUGAACAUGACCUGGACCAAUCAUUUACUGCAGUAGAAACUUCAAUGCACAAGUAGCAUCUCACCAACCUUUAAUUAACCAAAGGUGUGGAGAAAAUGUGACUGUAAGAGAAAAUAAUGAAGUUCCUUCUUUCUGUUUGCAUUUGUAGUUAUGUUUUUGAUCAGGAAAUGGCUAAGUUUAUGAAGGAAUGUCUUUUAAAAGCCGUAAACACAGGCAAGAAUUGAUUCUGCAAGUCUGAAGUUUUGUUGUCCUUCUUUAAAUUUUUUCUUUUGACAUCGAACUCUAUAUAGACUUUACUGCUUACUCAAGCAGCAGCAUUAUUUCAUCCUCUUUUGUUUGUCUCUUUCUUAACCAGAGUUGCAUAAAAUAUUUCAAAUGGGAAAACUUUUCAAAAUACACUUGAAUUAUACUUUACUGUACUUGAGAGUGACAGCACGACUCAAGACAAUUUAAGUAACCCCUAACUAUAAUUUUUAUUUUCCUGUUUCAGGAAAUACUUUUGCAUCUUUUUCUUUAAUUCAUGUCUUUUUCUGCUGUUAGUGCAGAACUUUAGAGAAAGUAUUGUAAGGUGCCUUGCAAAAUAGAAAUAGAAAGGUUUUAGCAUGCAUACCGAUAUAGGACGUUAGGCAAUAGCUAAGCACACCCAGUUACCAAAAUAAUACCAGUAUAGGUAUUGCUGCUGGAAUGAAGAAAAUGGGUUAUUUUAUUUUUUUUCCUAUUGUUAUGUAAUUAUCAUGUGGACUAGAUUAUGAUUAUUGUGUAGCGUAGCAUUUAAGAUUUAACUGUAGAGAAAAUUACUUUAAUCACUGUAUUUAUGUUAGCAUGUUAAUUAAUCGUGUAGACAUUUCAGAACUCCAUCACCUCCAUGCAUAUCAGACCUAUGGCUUUCCACCCACAAUAAAAUUGAAACAACCUGUGUAACAUACUGCAGGUUGUAUAAUUUCAACAGUUGAUCACUGGUUUCUCUGAUUUUCAUCUGCAGUUAAUUGAAAGGAAAAUCAGUUUAUUAUUUGCAUUUGAUUUCUACAUAUUGAAUACUAAAUUUAAUGUUUAUCUUAUGUAAUAUUAAAAAGUAUAAUGCAUUU